CCCGGCCCAGCUCGGCCCCAGUGAGCCGAGCGCUGCGCUCCGCCGAGGGGCAGGGCGGACGCCUGAGCGAGCGCGGGCCCGGGACGUCGGCACCGGCGGGGCGGCCGGAGGAGGAGGAGGAAGAGGAGAAGGCGGCGCGCGGGUCCCCGCGGGUCAGCCAUGGCGCGCCGGUCCCGGGGCCCCCACACCGCCCCAUAGCGCCGCGGCGUCCGCACGGUCCGGGCCGGGCCCUGGGCCCUCCAGCCAUGGAACCGCACGUGCUCGGCGCGGUCCUGUACUGGCUGCUGCUGCCCUGCGCGCUGCUGGCGGCCUGCCUGCUCCGUUUCAGCGGGCUCUCGCUGGUCUACCUGCUCUUCCUGCUGCUGCUGCCCUGGUUCCCUGGCCCCACCCGGCACAGCCUCCAAGGUCACACAGGCCGCAUCCUGCGGGCACUGCUGGGCCUCAGCCUGCUCUUCCUGGUGGCCCAUCUUGCUCUCCAGAUCUGCCUGCACACUGUGCCUCACCUGGACCAGCUCCUGGGACCCAGCUGCAGCCGCUGGGAGAGCCUCUCGCGACACAUAGGGGUCACAAGGCUGGACCUGAAGGACGUCCCCAACACCAUCCGGCUGGUGGCCCCUGACCUGGGCAUCUUGGUGGUCUCCUCUGUCUGCCUCGGCCUCUGCGGGCGCCUCGCAAGGAACACCCAGCAGAGCCCACAUACGCAGGAGCUGGAUGAUGACGAGAGGGAUGUGGAUGCCAGCCCCCCGGCAGGGCUGCAGGAAGCUGCAACGCUGGCCACUACACGGAGGUCACGGCUGGCCGCCCGUUUCCGGGUCACUGCCCACUGGCUGCUGGUGGCGGCUGGGCGGGUCCUGGCUGUAACCCUGCUUGCACUGGCAGGCAUCGCCCACCCCUCGGCCCUCUCCAGCGUCUACCUGCUGGUCUUCCUGGCUAUCUGCACCUGGUGGGCCUGCCACUUUCCCAUCAGCACUCUGGGCUUCAACAGACUCUGCGUCGCAGUGGGCUGCUUUGGCGCCGGACAUCUCAUCUGCCUCUACUGCUACCAGACGCCCUUGGCACAGGCUCUGCUCCCACCUGCCGGCAUCUGGGCUAGGGUGCUGGGUCUCAAGGACUUUGUGGGCCCUGCGAACUGUUCCAGCCCCCACGUGCUGGUCCUCAACACCAGCCUGGACUGGCCCAUAUAUGCCAGUCCCGGCAUCCUGCUGCUGCUGUGCUAUGCCACGGCCUCUCUGCGCAAGCUCCGUGUGCACCGCCCCUCUGGCCAGAGGAAGGAGGCGGCAAAGGGGGACGAGACUCGGGAGCUGGAGCUGGCAGAGCUGGACCAGUGGCCCCAGGAUGGGGAGGCUGCCCAGCACGUGGUGCCCACAGCACCCGACACGGAGGCUGAUAACUGCAUCGUGCACGAGCUGACAGGCCAGAGCCCCAUCCGGCAGCGGCCUGUGCAGCCCAAGCGGGCUGAGCCCAGGGAGGCAUCCCCACUCCACAGCCUGGGCCACCUCAUCAUGGACCAGAGCUAUGUGUGCGCACUCAUCGCCAUGAUGGUGUGGAGCAUCACCUACCAUAGCUGGCUGACCUUUGUGCUGCUGCUCUGGGCCUGCCUCAUCUGGACAGUGCGCAGCCGCCACCAGCUGGCCAUGCUAUGUUCACCCUGCAUCCUGCUGUACGGGAUGACGCUGUGCUGUCUGCGCUACGUGUGGGCCAUGGACCUGCGCCCUGAGCUGCCUACCACCCUGGGCCCCGUCAGUCUGCGCCAGCUGGGGCUGGAGCACACCCGCUACCCCUGCCUGGACCUUGGCGCCAUGUUGCUCUACACCCUGACCUUCUGGCUCCUGCUGCGCCAGUUUGUGAAAGAGAAGCUGCUGAAGCAGGCAGAGGCUCCAGCUGCGCUAACGGAGGUCACUGUGGCAGACACAGAGCCCACGCGGACGCAGACCCUGCUGCAGAGCCUGGGGGAGCUGGUGAAGGGCGUCUAUGCCAAGUACUGGAUCUACGUGUGUGCCGGCAUGUUCAUCGUGGUCAGCUUUGCCGGCCGCCUCGUGGUCUACAAGAUUGUCUACAUGUUUCUCUUCCUGCUGUGCCUCACCCUCUUCCAGGUCUACUACAGCCUGUGGCGGAAGCUCCUCAAGGCCUUCUGGUGGCUCGUAGUGGCUUACACCAUGCUGGUCCUCAUCGCCGUCUACACCUUCCAGUUCCAGGACUUCCCCGCCUACUGGCGCAACCUCACUGGCUUCACUGAUGAGCAGCUGGGGGACCUGGGCCUGGAGCAGUUCAGCGUGUCCGAGCUCUUCUCCAGCAUCCUGGUGCCCGGCUUCUUCCUGCUGGCCUGCAUCCUGCAGCUGCACUACUUUCACCGGCCCUUUAUGCAGCUCACCGACAUGGAGCAUGUGUCUCCGCCUGGCAGGCGCCUCCCGCGCUGGGCUCACAGGCAGGAUGCAGUGAGCGGGACCCCACUGCUGCAGCAGCAGCAGCAGCAGCAGGAGGAGGAGGAGGAGGAGGAGGGCCCCAGGGCUGAGGGGCUGGGCAUGGCCACUCCCCACCAGGCCACCCAGGUGCCUGAAGGGACCUGGGACUCCCCAUUUCCACCCUACACUGACCCUCACACCGUCACAGGCGCAGCCAAGUGGGGCCUGGUGGCCGAGCGGCUGCUGGAGCUGGCAGCUGGCUUCUCGGACGUCCUCUCACGGGUGCAGGUGUUCCUGCGGCGGCUGCUGGAGCUGCACGUCUUCAAGCUGGUGGCCGUGUACACCGUCUGGGUGGCCCUGAAGGAGGUGUCGGUGAUGAACCUGCUGCUGGUGGUGCUGUGGGCCUUCGCCCUGCCCUACCCACGCUUCCGACCCAUGGCCUCCUGCCUGUCUACUGUGUGGACCUGCGUCAUCAUCGUGUGUAAGAUGCUGUACCAGCUCAAGGUUGUCCACCCUCAGGAGUAUUCCAGUAACUGCACUGAGCCCUCCCCCAACAGCACCAACCUGCUGACCACGGAGAUCAGCCAGUCCCUGCUGUACCGGGGGCCCGUGGAUCCUGCCAACUGGUUUGGGGUGCGGAAAGGGUUCCCCAACCUGGGCUACAUCCAGAACCACCUGCAGGUGCUGCUGCUGCUGGUAUUCGAGGCCAUCGUGUACCGGCGCCAGGAGCACCACCGCCGGCAGCACCAGCUGGCCCCACUGCCCGCCCAGGCCGUGUUCGCCAGCGGCACCCGCCAGCAGCUGGACCAGGAUCUGCUCGGCUGCCUCAAGUACUUCAUCAACUUCUUCUUCUACAAAUUCGGACUGGAGAUCUGCUUCCUGAUGGCCGUGAACGUGAUUGGGCAGCGCAUGAAUUUUAUGGUGACCCUGCAUGGCUGCUGGCUGGUGGCCAUCCUCACCCGCAGGCACCGCCAGGCCAUCGCCCGCCUCUGGCCCAACUACUGCCUCUUUCUGGCUCUGUUCCUGCUGUACCAGUACCUGCUGUGCCUGGGGAUGCCCCCAGCCCUGUGCAUCGAUUACCCGUGGCGCUGGAGCCGGGCUGUCCCCAUGAACUCCGCACUCAUCAAGUGGCUGUACCUGCCUGAUUUCUUCCGCUCCCCCAACUCCACCAACCUCAUCAGCGACUUCCUCCUGCUGCUGUGCGCCUCCCAGCAGUGGCAAGUGUUCUCAGCUGAGCGCACGGAGGAGUGGCAGUGCAUGGCUGGCGUCAACACCGACCGCCUGGAGCCGCUGCGGGGGGAGCCCAACCCUGUGCCCAACUUUAUCCACUGCAGGUCCUACCUCGACAUGCUGAAGGUGGCCGUCUUCCGGUACCUGUUCUGGCUGGUACUGGUGGUGGUGUUUGUCACGGGGGCCACCCGAAUCAGCAUCUUCGGGCUGGGCUACCUGCUGGCCUGCUUCUACCUGCUGCUCUUCGGCACCGCCCUGCUGCAGAGGGACACGCGGGCCCGCCUCGUGCUAUGGGACUGCCUCAUUCUGUACAACGUCACUGUCAUCAUCUCCAAGAACAUGCUGUCGCUCCUGGCCUGCGUCUUCGUGGAGCAGAUGCAGACCGGCUUCUGCUGGGUCAUCCAGCUCUUCAGCCUUGUGUGCACCGUCAAGGGCUACUAUGACCCCAAGGAGAUGAUGGGCAGAGACCAGGACUGCCUGCUGCCCGUGGAGGAGGCCGGCAUCAUCUGGGACAGCAUCUGCUUCUUCUUCCUGCUGCUGCAGCGCCGUGUCUUCCUCAGCUAUUACUACCUGCACGUCAGGGCCGAUCUCCAGGCCACCGCCCUGCUGGCCUCCAGGGGCUUUGCCCUCUACAACGCUGCCAACCUCAAGAGCAUCGACUUCCACCGCAGGACAGAGGAGAAGUCCCUGGCCCAGCUGAAAAGACAGAUGGAGCGUAUCCGUGCCAAGCAGGAGAAGCACAGGCAGGGCCGGGCAGACCGCGGUCGCCCCCAGGACACCCUGGGCCCCAAGGACCCAGGCCCGGAGCCAGGGCCCGACAGUCCAGGGGGCUCCUCCCCGCCACGGAGGCAGUGGUGGCGGCCCUGGCUGGACCACGCCACAGUCAUCCACUCUGGGGACUACUUCCUGUUUGAGUCUGACAGCGAGGAAGAGGAGGAGGCUGCCCCUGAAGACCCUAGGCCAUCGGCCCAGAGUGCCUUCCAGAUGGCGUACCAGGCGUGGGUGACCAACGCCCAGACGGUGCUGAGGCGGCAGCAGCAGGAGCAGGCAAGGCAGGAGCAUGCAGGACAGCUACCCACAGGUGGCCCCAGCCAGGAGGUGGAGCCGGCAGAGGGCCCCGAGGAGGCAGUGGCAGGCCGGAGCCACAUGGUACAGAGGGUGCUGAGCACGGCGCAGUUCCUGUGGGUGCUGGGGCAGGCGCUGGUGGACGGGCUGACGCGCUGGCUGCAGGAGUUCACCCGGCACCACAGCACCAUGAGUGACGUGCUGCGGGCAGAGCGCUACGUCCUCACGCAGGAGCUCCUGCAGGGUGGCGAAGUGCACCGGGGCAUAUUGGAUCAGCUGUACACAAGCGAGGCCGAGGCCACGCUGCCAGGCCCCACCGAGGCCCCCGACGCACCAAGCACAGUGUCCAGUGGGCUGGGCGCGGAGGAGCCACUCAGCAGCAUGACGGACGACACGGGCAGCCCCCUGAGCACCGGCUACCACACGCGCAGUGGCAGUGAGGAGGCAGUCACCGACCCCGGGGAGCGUGAGGCUGGCGCCUCUCUGCACCAGGGACGGAUGCGGACGGCCAGCGAGCUGCUGCUGGACAGGCGCUUGCGCAUCCCAGAGCUGGAGGAGGCACAGCUGUUUGCGGAGGGGCAGGGCCGGGCGCUGCGGCUGCUGCAGGCCGUGUACCAGUGUGUGGCCGCCCACUCAGAGCUGCUCUGCUACUUCAUCAUCAUCCUCAACCACAUGGUCACGGCCUCUGCUGGCUCGCUGGUGCUGCCCGUGCUCGUCUUCCUGUGGGCCAUGCUGUCCAUCCCGCGGCCCAGCAAGCGCUUCUGGAUGACGGCCAUCGUCUUCACCGAGGUCUCAGUGGUCGUCAAGUACCUGUUCCAGUUUGGAUUCUUCCCCUGGAACAGCCACGUGGUGCUGCGGCGCUACGAGAACAAGCCCUACUUCCCGCCCCGCAUCCUGGGCCUGGAGAAGACUGACGGUUACAUCAAGUACGACCUGGUGCAGCUCAUGGCCCUCUUCUUCCACCGCUCCCAGCUGCUGUCCUACGGCCUCUGGGACCACGAGGAGGACUCGCCAUCCAAGGAGCAUGACCAGAGCGGCAGGAAGGAGCAGGGGGCUGAGGAGGGGCCAGGGGCCCUGCUGGAACCCCAGGCAGGCACAGGGCUCCAGGAGGAGCCAGGAGUGCCCGAGGCCACCACCGAGGACCAUGUUCACGUGGAAGCGAGGGUCGUACCGACGGAUGGGACCCCAGAACCCCAAGCGGAGCUCAGGCCCCGUGACACGAGGCGCAUCAGUCUACGUUUUAGGAGGAGGAGGAAGGAGGGCCCAGCACGGAGAGGACCGGAAGCCAUCGAAGCUGAGGACAGGGAGGAAGAAGAGGGGAAGGAAGAGAAAGAGGCCCCCGCGGGGAGAGAGAAGAGGCCAAGCCGCACUGGAAGAAGAGUGAGGGCGGCUGGGCGGCGGCUGCAGGGCUUCUGCCUGUCCCUGGCCCAGGGCACAUACCGGCCACUACAGCGCUUCUUCCAUGACAUCCUGCACACCAAGUACCGCGCAGCCACCGAUGUCUACGCCCUCAUGUUCCUGGCUGACGUCGUCGACUUCAUCAUCAUCAUUUUUGGCUUCUGGGCCUUUGGGAAACACUCGGCGGCCACGGACAUCACGUCCUCCCUAUCAGACGACCAGGUACCCGAGGCCUUCCUGGUCAUGCUGCUGAUCCAGUUCAGUACCAUGGUGGUCGACCGCGCCCUCUACCUGCGCAAGACCGUGCUGGGCAAGCUGGCCUUCCAGGUGGCGCUGGUGCUGGCCAUCCACCUAUGGAUGUUCUUCAUCCUGCCUGCGGUCACCGAGAGGAUGUUCAGCCAGAACGCGGUGGCCCAGCUGUGGUACUUUGUGAAAUGCAUCUACUUCGCCCUGUCUGCCUACCAGAUCCGCUGCGGCUACCCUACCCGCAUCCUUGGCAACUUCCUCACCAAGAAGUACAAUCACCUCAACCUCUUCCUCUUCCAGGGGUUCCGGCUGGUGCCGUUCCUGGUGGAGCUGCGGGCAGUGAUGGACUGGGUGUGGACGGACACCACGCUGUCCCUGUCCAGCUGGAUGUGCGUGGAGGACAUCUAUGCCAACAUCUUCAUCAUCAAAUGCAGCCGAGAGACAGAAAAGAAAUACCCGCAGCCCAAAGGGCAGAAGAAGAAGAAGAUCGUCAAGUAUGGCAUGGGUGGCCUCAUCAUCCUCUUCCUCAUCGCCAUCAUCUGGUUCCCACUACUCUUCAUGUCGCUGGUGCGUUCCGUGGUUGGGGUCGUCAACCAGCCCAUCGAUGUCACCGUCACCCUCAAGCUGGGCGGCUAUGAGCCACUGUUCACCAUGAGCGCCCAGCAGCCAUCCAUCAUCCCCUUCACGGCCCAGGCCUAUGAGGAGCUGUCCCGGCAGUUUGACCCCCACCCGCUGGCCAUGCAGUUCAUCAGCCAGUACAGCCCUGAGGAUAUCGUCACGGCGCAGAUUGAGGGCAGCUCUGGGGCCCUGUGGCGCAUCAGCCCGCCCAGCCGCGCCCAGAUGAAGCGGGAGCUCUACAAUGGCACGGCUGACAUCACCCUGCGCUUCACCUGGAACUUCCAGAGGGACCUGGCCAAGGGAGGCACUGUGGAGUACGCCAACGAGAAGCACAUGCUGGCCCUGGCCCCCAACAGCACUGCACGGCGGCAGCUGGCCAGCCUGCUCGAGGGCACCUCGGACCAGUCUGUGGUCAUCCCCAAUCUCUUCCCCAAGUACAUCCGUGCCCCCAACGGGCCCGAAGCCAACCCUGUGAAGCAGCUGCAGCCCAACGAGGAGGCCGACUACCUCGGCGUGCGCAUCCAGCUGCGGAGGGAGCAGGGUGCGGGGGCCACCGGCUUCCUUGAGUGGUGGGUCAUCGAGCUGCAGGAGUGCCGGACCGACUGCAACCUGCUGCCCAUGGUCAUCUUCAGCGACAAGGUCAGCCCACCGAGCCUCGGCUUCCUGGCUGGCUACGGGAUCAUGGGGCUGUAUGUCUCCAUCGUGCUGGUCAUUGGCAAGUUUGUGCGUGGAUUCUUCAGCGAGAUCUCGCAUUCCAUUAUGUUCGAGGAGCUGCCGUGCGUGGACCGUAUCCUCAAGCUCUGCCAGGACAUCUUCCUGGUGCGGGAGACUCGUGAGCUGGAGCUGGAGGAGGAGUUGUACGCCAAGCUCAUCUUCCUCUACCGCUCACCGGAGACCAUGAUCAAGUGGACUCGUGAGAAGGAGUAGGAGCUGCUGCUGGCGCCCGAGAGGGAAGGAGCCGGCCUGCUGGGCAGCGUGGCCACAGGGUGAGGCACUCCUCAGGCCGGGGGAGCCGCUGCCCCGUCCAAGGCCACCAGCUGUGAUGCAUCCUCCCGGCCUGCCUGAGCCCUGAUGCUGCUGUCAGAGGAGGACACUGCAUCCCCACGGCCUGUGUGGCGCUGCCACCCCCCUACGUGUACUGUAGAGUUUUUUAAUUAAAAAUGUUUUAUUUAUACAAAUGGACAA